AUGGCCUCAAACGAUCAAAUCGCUGAAUGUUUUGCUAUCUACGAUAAAGACAACGAUGGAAAGGUUAUCAUUGAUGAACUCGGUCCAUGUUUAAGAUCGCUCGGUAAGAGUCCAACCAACGCCGAUCUCGAAGCCAUCAAGGCCGACCUCGGUAACCCAAGAGACUUUGAUAUCCCAACCAUCAAGUCAAUUCUCGCUAAGAAAUCAGUCAGAGCCCCAGCCGACCAACAAAAGGAGAUGUUGGAUGCCUUCAAGGCUUUGGAUAAGGAAGGUCAUGGUUCCAUUCAAGAGGCUGAGCUCCGUCAAAUUUUAACUACUUUGGGUGAUUAUCUUACCACUGCCGAAGUUGAAGAAGUUAUGAAGGAAGUCAACGUUAACACUGAUGGUGGUAUCGAUUACUCAAAGUUUGUUGAAAUGCUUGUAAAUGGUUACGCAUUAUCAGGAUUCUAA